AAAAGUUUAAAAAAAAGAUAUCUUUUGUUGUUUAAUAUUUACUAUUUUAAUUAAAAUGCUUGAGGCGCGACUUCAACAAGCAUCUAUUUUGAAAAAGACAUUAGACGCUACUAAAGAAUUGGUUAGUGAUGCAAAUUUAGAUUGCAAUGAAUCAGGGAUUGCACUUCAAGCAAUGGAUAAUUCGCAUGUUGCAUUGGUAGCGAUGCUUUUAAGAGCAGAUGGAUUUGAACCAUAUCGUUGUGAUCGCAAUAUUUCUCUUGGAAUUAACUUGAAUUCUUUGUCUAAGGUUCUUAAAUGUGCUCAAAACGAAGAUAUUAUUACUCUCAAAGCAGAAGAUACACCCGACACUUUAAAUAUGGUCUUCGAAAGUCCAACAAAUGAUCGUAUUAGUGAAUAUGAUAUUAAAUUAAUGGAUAUUGAUCAGGAACAUCUGGGUAUUCCUGAUACUGAAUAUAGUGUUGUUGCUAAAUUAUUAUCAAUUGAAUUUCAACGUAUUUGUCGAGAUUUACUUGCUCUAAGCGAAAGCGUCCAUAUAGAGGCAAAUAAAGAAGGUAUCAAGUUUAGUUGUGCAGGAGACAUUGGAAAUGGAAGUAUCACUUUGAUUCAAAAUCAAGAUACAAAAAUAGACCUUAAUGAGCCUGUUUCACUUACUUUUAGUUUAAAAUAUUUAGUUAAUUUUACAAAAGCCACUCCUCUUGCUGAUACUGUUAUUCUUUCUAUGAGCAAUGAAGUACCUCUCAUGGUAGAAUAUAAAAUGGAAGGAGGCUACCUUCGUUUUUAUUUAGCUCCAAAAAUUAACGAAGAAUAA